UAUGAUUAAAUCUUACUACAUUAAACUUUCACCGUAUUUUCAAGCAAAUAAUGGUAUUCCAUUUAAAUUUUUAACUGUUUUUAAAUAAACAUCUAACAUUUAUCAUAGCAAAUAAACUGGACCAAGUUAAAAGUUAUGUUAAGGUUAUGUUUCUAAGGUAUUUGUGCAAACUUGUACAAAUUUAUUAAUGUCAGCAUUGUUGUUGUUUUUAUCAUGUUUUAUGAUUAUUUAUGAAGCCUCCUCAAUAAAUUUCAAUUACAAUUGUUUAAAAAUAUUCUCCUUCUCUUAUUGUGUAAAGGAAUACUCAGAAGUGUGUCCAAAACAUGAACAUUUCGAAAAAAUUGAUUGGGAGGUAAGCUUACCAUCAGAAAGGAGAAUUAGAUAUGAGGCCAUGGCAAGUAACUCUGGAUUGAAUGGAUUAUAUAGACCGAGAAGUGCUCUGGCUCGUGCGAUGUAUGAAAAACAACGAAAUGAUAGAUACCUUCAAGAAUUUGAUCAAAAUGAGUGGUACCAAGUCGACAAGAACCAGCUACCCCCAGAGGCGCAAGAGAAGUUCAUUCAGCUGCACCCCGAUAAAGAGACACAAGAGUUCCUCACCACCUCUGUGGACAAAUCCUCGUGGGUCUGGACGCAGCUGUGGUACAUCCUGGCCAAGUCCUUCCUGAGGCAUUUCUGGACUACAACUGAUAUUAAUGGAUGGCUGGGACGCGGGUCAAUGUUCGUACUAUCAUCAGCUCAAACUCGAUUAUUGCUGAAAGCCGCCCGCUCCGGGCAGGGUAGCUCGAGCCCGGAGAAGUUAUCUGCGUUCGUGGACGUUGGCGCUGGUGAUGGUGAAGUGAGCAAGAGGUUCGCUGAUCUGUUCACUACGAAGUAUGCCACUGAGAUAUCAGCAUCUAUGAGGAAAGUGUUGAGCAGCAAGGGAUUCACCGUGCUGGACGCGGACGCGUGGUGGCAAGAGCAGCGGUUCGACUGCGUGUGUAUGCUCAAUCUGGUCGACCGCUGCAGCAAGCCGCGCACCAUGCUGCGGCAGGCGCGCGCCGCGCUCGCGCCCGCCGGCCACCUGCUGCUCGCGCUCGUGCUGCCCUACAAGCCCUAUGUAGAAGCGAACUCUGACCACAAGCCGGAAGAGCGCCUCCCGAUCCAGGGCGGCACGUUCGAAGAGCAAGCGGCGUCCUUCGUCGCGUUCAUGCGGGACGAGAUGCGCUUCGAGCUGGCGGCCUGGUCGCGCGUGCCCUACCUCUGCGAGGGGGACUUCGCGCAGGCCUACUAUUGGUUGGACGACUCCGUCUACGUGUUUAGACCUAUGCCCGAGUAGAGUCUGGCCUGCGGGCCUGUCGGACUUCACGUGACGUCACCAUAUUGAAUGCUGCACACUUUACACCUUAGGCACUUACUUUAGUGUAAAGUGUCCAGCCGGUGCGGAAUUUGGGGCGUGACGUCAUCAGAUUGAUCUAUGGGCUCCGCACUGAGUUACUCUUUACGUUUAAGACACUUACCCGAGAGUAAGUGUCCAGCCAGUCUGGGAUUUCGGACGGGACGUCAUCAAAUCGAUUACGUUCUUCACUUGAUCUCAAAGAUGAUGGGCAAAGAGUAACUUCCCUUUAUUCUUAUUUUUGCAUUAUACGAGAUACGCUUGGAAUUCGCGGCAUUUUGUCUUCAGACUAAUCAUGUAAUCAUCUGAUCUGGAUUUAUAUAUUUACUAUUUACUGUAAAAAAAUAUAAGACAGGUAAAAUUAAAAUUGAAAAGGCGGAACAUAUUUAUUCAAAAAAAACAUCUUUAGAAGAUCAGAAAAAGUUCUAAGGAAAUUUGCUUUCGCCUUACUUAUAAAGUACAAAAAAGUUGUCUUUUGAGAAUUUAUUUCGAAGUGAGAUUAACUACUAACAAACUAAACUACUACUUAAACUAUUAUGUACUAUAUAUCAAUAUGGCUCCUAUAACGAGAACUUACUAAGCAAUUAAUUAAAGAGAAUAAUUAAUUUUAUCUGAUGACGUCACGUUACAAAUAGAACUCUUAUGGAUUGAUAGAUUUAAUAUUAUAAACGUUGUGAAUUUUGCUUAAUUGUUGUGAACUUGUGAAGGGAAAGUGUUAAACAUUAAACAAUUGGUGUACAACGCACAGGCCUAUGGUCAUACUACUAUUUAAGAUAUUGAGAUUUGAAGAAGAUGUUUAUUAAAAGUAAUUAAGACCAAUUAUACUAAAUAUAAUAUAUAUUAGGUACAAAUUAAUAUAUAUUUCAAUACUCAGAUACUACAAUUAACAAUGUAUGUAACUGACAUCGAUGCAAAUAAAUAUAAUCUAUCAUAUGUCAUACAUCCGUGUUUGAGUAAGUCAACGUUUUUUGUCAUAUGAAAAACUUAUAAAUCAGCCAUUUAGUCUUGAUUUUGAAUAUGAGGUCUAAAAAUUUAGCCUUUAGCAUAUCUCGAUUUAAAAUUUUUAUAAAUCCUCUCUAUCUGAUGCUUUCUUACUAUGUCAAGUUAAAUCGUAUCAGGAAAUAUAAUUUACUACUCUACCUCAGAA